AUGGCAAAAGAAGUCAAAGCCAAACCAAAGCAGAAGACCCUUGAUAGAUUUUUCAAGGGGCCUACCGUUAGCAAAGGUUCAAAGCCUUCCGAAGACGACGACGCAGAUGAUUCGAUGGUUAUCGACGAGGAAGAGGACGCGCCACAGGCUAAAAAGGGAGAUUUCUCCGGUCUCCCUCCUUUGAACGACAUUUCUGCUAUGUUCAACGAUAUUGUCAGCAGGGCUUCGGAACUCAAGGACGUCGCUACUCACCUCCAAGGUCGAAAAUUUCGCGUAGCCACUAUGUGCUCUGGGACAGAAUCUCCUCUUCUUGCUCUCGAUAUGAUUGUCGAAAGUAUAAGUGCUCAGUAUGGGGUCAAGCUGGAUGUAGAGCACGUCUUCUCUUGCGAAAUCGAGCCUUUCAAACAAGCUUACAUUGAAAGGAACUUCCAUCCUCCAUUAUUAUUUCGCGACGUGUGUGAGUUGGGUAGUGAUAAGGCCCAUACAGCGUACGGUGCCCUGGCAACAGUACCGGGAAACGUUGAUCUUCUAGUAGCGGGAACAUCAUGUGUCGACUACUCCAAUCUGAACAAUGAGAAGCAGGAUAUCGAUGCCAAUGGUGAAUCAGGGCGCACCUUCCGCGGUAUGAUGGGCUGGGUAACAAGACACCGACCCCCGAUCGUCAUUCUCGAAAAUGUGUGCUCUGCACCUUGGGAUCGAGUCAAAGAAAAGUUCGAAAAACACAACUACAGCGCUCUCCAUAUUCGUGUCGACACAAAACAAUAUUAUAUUCCUCAUACACGUACGCGUGUCUAUCUCGUCGCCGUCGACCAGAAGAAUUCUCCGAUUCCCAAGAAGUGGAAGGAAUGGGUCGAAAGACUCCGACGUCCCGCUUCAUCAACAUUGGAUUCUUUUCUAUUACCUAUCGAUGAUCCCCGCAUUCACCACUCGCGACAGAAACAAGCUCAGGAAUCUCAAAAUUCCCUUGAUCGUCGUACGGGCAGAACAGAUUGGAGUCGCUGUGAGUCUCGACAUCAGAGGGCACGACUUGAAGAGGCGCUGGGCCUCAAACGGCCUUUGACGUCUUGGGACGAAGGGGGGUUCUGUAAGAUGCUUAGUUUCGCUUGGACCGAUUGGGCGGUAGGGCAGGUAGAGCGUGUCUGGGAUUUAUUAGACAUCAGUCUUCUUCGUGAUGCGAAGAAAGGUAUUGAUCCUUCCUACAAGACCCAAGUUUGGAAUCUCUCACAAAAUGUAGACAGGACUAUUGGGUCGAAUAAGGUUGGCAUUUGCCCUUGCCUCACCCCUUCUAUGAUCCCCUAUAUCACAAAUCGUGGCGGCCCCAUGAUCGGACUGGAAGCGCUUUCCAUGCAAGGUCUUCCGGUCGACAGAAUGUUGUUGACUCGGGAAACUGAAGACCAGCUCGCAGACCUUGCUGGAAAUGCCAUGUCAACGACCGUGGUUGGUGCCUGCAUCAUUGGCUCCAUGAUAGUUGGUCUUCGACUUUUCAAGAAAGGAGACGAAAAGGCCGUCUACGGCGGAGGAGAUGCGUUUGAAGAGUUCGAAGACGUCGAGAUGAAAGAUAUUGAAAGCUCUGCCAAACCUCCUCCAGAACUUCCUGUAGACGAACGCAUUGUUGGAGAAAAGAGCUUGAUUUUCGAACCGCUCAAUCUCACCGCCACUCAGAGCCAAAGCCUAGCUCAUCUUUUGGGUAUCGCAUCAAGGACUGUGCGAUUAUGCUCAUGUGAAGGACGAACCGACAUUACUUCAAGGCCUUUAUCCCGCUGCGUAGAUUGUGGGGCAUCGUCAUGUAUAAGAUGUGGCGGACGACCCGAACAUAAUACAGAGCCCAUUGACAUCAUUGCAAAUCCUCGUCUUCCUCCUUCCACCUUUGAGAUGGAAUUAAAAUCCGCUUUGCCAAUGUGCCUAUCGUUGUUGAAUGUUACCACCAAGCUGCUCGACGAGCUUAACGAAAAGACUCUCGGUGAUCUGAAUGGCAAACUUUGGAAGGAAUGGUGCACUGCUGUUCUCGUUGCCUCGAGCUCUGAUCUACGUUACGUCGAGCUCAAGCGACAAGAGGUUUGGAGUGCUAUCUUUCGGUCACCACACGGCUCUUUGGAACUACAUCUUGAUCCCCAACAGCCUGAAUGGAGAUUUUUCGCGAAACCCAAGGAUAACGAGCCAGCUAAUGCUCAAAUUAGGCAGAUUUUAGACAACCCCGUCGGCCGCUUAAUUUGUCAAGGCUCCCUACUUUCAGGCCAAUGGGCUUUUGCUUUACCCAAAUCCACUGAGGUUGAGAUCACGAUGAAGGGUUCUGGCUCACUGGUCCCUGCUUGGGAAUCGCGACUUGGGCUCCAGGGAGAAGCCUUUAGAGAAAAGAAAGUCUGGUCUGAAAUACAGGUGUCAGUCCCUAAAGCCGAUAAACCUAAAUUUGACCGCGAUAUAUCUGGUACUUAUGAGCUCCUCGAUCGUUGUGGGACGGCAUGCAACGCCCUCCACAAACAGAAGGGCAGUGAUUUGUCUUUGCCCCAACUGUACAUGCUCUUGGUUCCUCAUCGUACCAAGGACUUUGAGGAUUGCUUCAUGUUCUCGACAGAGAUACGGAGGUUGGAGUUCGGCGAGUCACGUCCCUUUGUUGCUCGACUCAGCACAAAGUGGCGUCAGUCGAGUACUGAUGAUUCGGAGAAGGUAGCAUGUCUCCUACCGUUUCAAUGGGUCGAAUCCAGUGCUAUAAAUCUGCAGCCCACGCCAGGUCAAGAUGCACGCUUUGGAAUCCCUAAAGACACAAUCAAAGUGUCGGGUUCUAAUGUCGCGUGCCAACAUGCGCAAGCAUUACUUUCUCUCAGUGCUCCUCUCCGAGGCCAGACGGGCGCAGAAUGGCCGUUAGGAUCUUGGCGUGAGGUGAACAAAUCCGAUGAGAGAGAGAUAUUCCGUUCAGUUGCUUGGCUCCUCGAACGAAUCAAGGACGUCUCCGGAAGAUUUCAUUCUUGGCAAAAGGUCGAAGGACUCGAUCAUUCCAAUUGUGAGCGCUGCGCGCCGACACCCCCAGAUAUCGAAUAUAUGCAGGUCAAGAAUAAGAUUGUUGGAAUAGAGGAUCCAGUCCAAGCUGGCGAGUAUGAACGUCGCCUUAAGCGACGCCCGAGUCCUUUCGUGACUCAGUUAAUGUUGACUGACGAUGGAACGGGAACUGUUCGUAUCGGAAUCAACGUUCCGUCGCUUCUGCACCGUGCGUUGUCCCGCCUUCCUUCUGAAGACCGUUCAGAAAAACCCGUUCUGUCAUGGAGACUUGAUACCAAUUUCACUCCUGCCGCGUCUCUCAAUUUACCGAAGUUCACCAUUCUGAGCAACAAGCUCGACAAGGAACACGCGCAGCCCCCGAGCUUCAAACUUAAUUUACGGAAAGAGCAAACUCGUUCUUUAGAAUGGAUGAUUCGUCAGGAGACGUUGAAUGCAGAACCGUUCGUGGAAGAAGAGAUCUCAGAAGCUGUAUUAGAUCCUUUAGGGUGGAGAGCCGAAGGGCUUGCACGACGGCCCGUUCAUGUUCGAGGUGGAGUUCUUGCCGACCAAGUGGGGUACGGGAAGACUGCUAUCACUCUAGGUCUCAUAGACUGUACCUGGAAAACGGUGGAAGCGGAGUUUUCUAAGCAAAAGCCAAUUGAUGGGAAACUUUCCCUCAAAGGUACACUUGUCAUUGUCCCUCCUCACCUUACUAGACAGUGGGACUCUGAAGUUCGCAAAUUUACCGGCAAACGCUUCAAAACCCUUGUAUUAUCCACUGUAUCCAACUUGAACUCAGCAACCAUCGAUGACUUCAAAGAAGCAGAUAUUAUCAUCGUGGCUUCCAAUAUAUUCAAAAGCAACGUCUACCUCGAUAAUCUUUCGUCUCUCGCUGCGGUCGGUCCUUUACCCUCGAAAGAUGGACGCCAAUUCAAUGAUCAUCUGCGAACGGUCUGCAUAGCUUUGAGAAGCCAAACAAAUCGUCUGCGGGAGGAAGGUUCCGCUGCCGUGAAAGCCGAAAUCGCAGAAGCCCAAAGGCGUGCCGAAGAUGAAGCGACGCAAGUAUCUCAACUCCAGUCCAAAAGACUAAAAGGCAAAUCUUAUCGCAACGCUGCUGAUGCUUUAGAAAAAGGAGAGACGACUGAACAACAGGAAGUUUCUUCCACGAAGGGAGAGCCGAAACGCACUCGCACCGUUUUAGACUCUGUUGAGAUCCCUGUCUACCGCGCAAAUUCGAAGUUGGCCUCCAAGUCGUCUGGUGCUGAAACUUCGUCGGAUGCAGAUCAUGACGAAGAUGGAGAUGUCCUGACGAAGCGGAGUCGGCGCGCCGCUGCUCGAAAACCUAUCGUCCUCUCUGACGACGACUCAUCCGACGACGAUUCCAAAAAAAUUGCUCCGAAGAAGAAGGCGACGUCUAAAUCCGCCAAGAACAGCCGAGCCCGCAAACAUGUUAACCGACGGCAAGCUAUGUCCGACGAUGGUGAUGACAGUUUCGUCGAAGAUUCCAGUAACGAAGGCGGCUCGGAUGAAGCUGAUUCGUCAGAAGUUCCCUCGGAGGAUGAUAUCCCCUCCCCAAAAUCAAAAGCGAAGAAGAUACAGGUGAAGAAGAAAGCCGCGCCACCACCUAGCUCCGCUAGCGAAGAUGAUAUGGACGUUGAUGAAGAUCUUCAAUCUUCAGCGAAGGGGAAACGUAAAGCUAAAGGCGAUGGGAAUCGCCCAGCGAAGAAGCAGCGUGUCGAUACCGACCCAUGGAAACUAGCUUCGGGAAAAGUUCUUCGUGAUUGGACCCAGAUGCACGCUCCUCCUCUGGAAAUGUUCCAUUUUGCGCGUGUUGUCGUUGAUGAAUAUACAUACCUUGAUGGAAAGGUCCAUGCGCUCGUUAACAAUCUUACCGCUGCACGACACUGGGUGCUUUCUGGAACUCCUCCUGUUCACGACUUUGGUGCACUCAAAACCAUAUCCGCUUUCCUCGAUGUUCAUCUUGGCAUCGAUGACGACGGUGAAGGUCAAUCGGCAGAAAUCAAAAAACGUAAAAAGGAACGCACCGACGUUGAGAAGUUUCAUUCUUUCCGCGAAGUUCACACUCUUGAAUGGCAUGCACAUCGACAUGAAGUUGGUCAACGAUUCUUGGAUCGCUUCGUGAGACAGAAUAUCGCUGAAAUCGAUGAAAUCCCGUGGAGCGAAAAAACUGUGGAUGUCAUCCUACCCGCCGCAGAGAGAGCCAUCUAUCUAGAGCUUGAGCACUACCUACGUGCACUAGAGAUGACUGUAAAGCGCGGAAGGAAAACUGAAAGUGACAGGGAAAAGAGGGUUGCCCAGUCGCUGGGAGAGAGCAAGUCUGCAGAAGAAGCUCUCCUCAAGCGAUGCUCACAUUUCGAAGUCGAGUCCAAUAAUGAGAACGCUAUGAAAGCAUGCGAUGUUAUCGUACAAGAACGACAGAAACAACUCAAUGAUUGCAAGGAGAACCUGCUCUCUGCGAUCAAAGAUGGCGUCAAAAGAGAGAAGGAUUUGAACAAGAAGCUCAACAAUGCUGGGGGUGAAUCCAUGUUUCUUCAGUGGCUGCGGAUCUGUCGAACAGAUGGUGUUGAAGAUUUGGAAGCGACGAAUAUCAUUCGGUCUCUCAUCGAGAAGGCUGACGCACCCACCAUGAAGGCCAAACCGCGCAAAGACGAUGUAACUCUUUCCGAAUCGCUCAAAGCUCAGGUAUGGGACCACCGUGAAAAGACGCAUGAAAUAAGGCGGCUUACAAAGGAGCUCGUUGGUCGCGUUCGUUCUCUGCGAUAUUUUACGGUUGUCAGAGACCUGCAAAAACAAAGGGAACAACCUCCAGUAUUAUCCUGUCCUGUUUGCGGUCGCAAGGCACUCGAAGUCGAGGAUGCCUCUGUCUUGUCAUCUUGUGGUCACAUUGGUUGUAAUGACUGUGUCAGGUCCUGUGCCGAAAAGGAGGAAUGCGUUUACUCCGCCUCAGGCGGUUGUAAAUCCGCAGCUCGAGUGAUCAACGUCGUUAAGGCUGAAACAUUGGGUGUUGACGAUGUUGAACGGGACGGCACAGGCAAGCACUUUGGAAUGAAGCUCGAGCAAGUCAUCAGUUUGAUCAAAAAACAGAUCCCCAAAGACGACCGGAUAUUAGUCUUCGUCCAGUUUCCCGAUCUCAUGAAAAAAGUCACCGAGGCGUUUGGGCACCAUAAAAUUCAGUUCCUGGAGAUUCGUGGUACUGCGGCUCAGAAAAGCAAAAACCUGGAGAAAUUUCAAAAUGAAAGCAAAGAACGUGUACUCUUGCUGAACGUUAUGGAUGAAAGCGCAAGUGGUGCUAAUUUGACGUCGGCGAAUCACGCAAUUUUUCUGUCUCCUCUCCUCGCACCUUCUCAGGAAAUCUACAACGCUUGUGAAACUCAAGCAAUUGGACGUUUAGUCCGUUUUGGCCAGACGAAGCAUGUUCACAUCUACCGAUUCUUGACAAAAAAUACCAUUGACGAAGAGAUUUAUCUACAAAGAAAAGGCCCUCAUAAAUAG